AUGGAGCCGAAUUUCCCGUUCGAGAUCGCCGAGGCGACGAGCAGCCACGAGGCUGAGAUUAUCGACUUUUUGCUCAGUGACUUUCUCGGCAGAGAACCACUAAACGAAGCGUUGGAUCUACGGCCAAUGCAAUGCAAAGAAUUCUUUCAAUAUCUUAUCCAUAAAGGUGUCACCUCAAAGCAAAGUCUAGUGAUUCGAGAUGCGAAUGGAAAACUAAUCGCCACACAAAUCGCCUCAAUUCUUGAAAGACAAGCAAACGAUCAAGAGAACAACAAUUCCCAAGACCAAAUCAAGCUCGAGGGUGAGAUUCGAAAAAUCGCUGGCCUUUUGGAGAAGCUGGAUGAACAGAUUUGGACUACAGUACCCUUGGAAGUGACUCGUCUCUUUUACAUCAUGAUCAUCUCAGUGUCAUCGCAUUUUGAAAGAAGGGGAAUCGCGAAUCGUUUGAUGGCCAACGCCGUACAACAGGCGCAAAACACUCGAUGCCAUGGGAUUUUAGCCGAAGCCACUGCUUACAAUUCACAAAAGCUCUUUGAGAAGUGCGGCUUCACUGUGCUCUACGAGGUGAAACACAGCGAUUACUUGGAUGAAACGGGGAAAAGGAUAAUCCAUUGCCGAGAUCAAACCGACUCUGCGCAACUUGUCUUCAAAAAAGUU